AGAAGUUGGUAGUGAGUAGACUCGAAUUUUACUGUACUAGAAAUAGCAUUGCAGAGCAAAUAUCCAGAUAUGAAUUUCCCACAUAAACUAAUCUUUUACGCGUUAGGAAUAUUUGUAUGUUACUUUUACUUUGGAAUAAUGCAGGAGAAAAUAACCCGAAGUAAUUAUGGUGAAGGAGAUAAGAAAGAACGCUUCACAUACACUUUGUCAUUAGUGUUUGUUCAAUGUGUCAUUAAUGCAGUUUUUGCCAAAAUAAUGUUGGCAACAUUUAUGAAUCAAGGACACGAUGAAACAAAACAGAAAUACUAUGGUAUGUGCUCUUUUUCAUACUUAGGAGCUAUGAUUGCAAGUAAUAUGGCCCUUCAGCAUGUGAACUAUCCAACUCAGGUUGUGGGGAAGUCUUGUAAACCAAUACCAGUUAUGAUUCUCGGUGUUUUAAUUGGACGUAAAAGUUAUACACUUUUAAAGUACUUGUUUGUGUUGUUGAUUGUGACUGGUGUUUGUCUGUUCAUGUACAAGGACAACAAAGCUGCUUCUGACACACAGUCAGGGUCAUUGAUUGGCAUGGGAGAACUUUUACUGCUUGUUUCCCUCUCUAUGGAUGGGUUCACUGGUGCAAUUCAAGAAAGGAUGCGCUCCGAGCACCAGUCUAAAUCAGGUCACAUGAUGUUAAUGAUGAAUAUCUGGUCUACAUGUUACCUUGGAGUAGCUCUUUUAUUGACUGGAGAAGUGUGGAAGUUUUUGGUAUUUGUACAAAAUUAUCCUUAUAUCAUUUACAACAUCUUAAUGUUUUCCAUUACAAGUGCUUUAGGACAGAUGUUUAUCUUCUUGACAGUUAGUGAAUUUGGACCUCUUUCCUGUUCUAUCAUAACUACCACUAGAAAGUUUUUUACUGUUCUUGGAUCAGUAAUUAUUUUUGGAAAUACACUUUCCAAUCGACAGUGGAUAGGAUCAGCUCUAGUCUUUUCAGGACUCAUCUUAGACAGUUGUUAUGGAAAGUCAGGACCUGACAAGAAGAAGUGAACAAUAAAAUAAAUUAUUUUUUAGGAAGUUAUAAGUUUAUUAUUGAACAGACGCUUUUACCUCCCUCACUUUUGAAGCUGGUAAAACAAACUUUAAUAUAUUGUGGUCAAAAAGAAAACUUUGUUCUUUAUUUUGUUUUGUUUUGAAAAUUGAAAUUUAAUUUAAUUUGUUAAGGAAAAAAGGCUGAAAGAAUUAAAACUGUCAUUUAUUGAAUGUAUAUUCUAUUAGUAAAUACCAUUUUGGCAACUGUUAAGCUUUGAGUUACAAAUAAAAGCUUACAAUUAUAUUUCAUUCAUUUAUAAAUGCAAUUUUAAUGCUAUUUUUAUGGUGAAGCCUUUCUUUUUAUAUUGAAUAAUUAAAUGUUUAAGUUGCAUUAACAAUAGCUGUGUGGAAGCUGUAAUACUGUUCAAUCUUAGUUGUUUUUUUUCCAUUUAUUUGGAAAUCUAGUUUAAAAUUUUGAAAUUAAAAAUAAGGUUAAGAUGUCUUGAUGCAGUUAACACCUUUAUAAUACAACCACUGUUGGCUUAUUCAGUUUGCUAAAAACAUUUAACCUGUUUACUUGCAACCUCUAACCACUACGCAGCUUAGGUAGCAUCAUCGAACUAGUUAGGUAUUGAAUUAUAAUGUGAAAUAUACUACAUAUCCUUUAAGCCAAUGAUAAGUAUUAAAUAAUUAAGUUUUAGUAGGUUUACAGCUUUUACAUUUGAUUGAACUUUUGUCUGAUGCUAGUCAAACUAGCAACAUUUAGCAAAUUUUUCCUGACUAUUCCAAAUAGACAACCCUAAAUACUUAGACAAAAAGUAAAUGUUUUAAUGUGUAACUAUGGUUUUGGAACUUUUUAGUAUCAUAUUGUCCCUUCUUUUUACUUUACUGAAUCACAGAGACUAUGCUUCAUAUUGGUUAUUCUUGUAGCUAACUUUUGCUCAAUAUCAUGUUUCUGAUGUUUUGUUUUAUCCUUCUCAGACCUAUUGAAAUGAGCUUGAUCUUGUUUCUUUAACUCUUAAGUCUAGUUAGUAGUGACAUUUGUGUUACAAUUCAUAAUGAUAUUUAGUUUUCUACUUUCCUUGCAUUGCUUAAAUUUCAAAUUUUCAUUGGAAAUUUUUGAAAGUACUAAAAUCUUUAAAUGCAUGAUAAUCUUAAUGUUUGGUUAAGUAGUCUUUUGAUAACUUUAAGUGUCAAGAAGAACAGUUUUAUUCUGACAAAGGUCAAGUUUGUUUUAACAGUGCAAAAAAAAUCCUUCUUUUACUAGUAAGCUAGUUGGCCCUAAUCCUGCUGAUACUUUGUCACCUGCACAAUCUCAAUUUGUUUUAUGAAUUCUAUUGUUCUUGCUUCAUCAUUUUAUGAAGGUCCUUCUCGCAUUUGUUGCCAGAAAACUCUCCAAAUGAUGUUCGAUUACUAAAAGUGAAAGAAAACAUGUUUUCUCUUAGUAUGAAAUAAUGUUGCCUCCCAAAUGGUUUCUGUCAUUUUAUGAGGGACACUUGUGAACUAACUCAAUGAUGUUUGAGUACCAAUCAUGGAUCUUUUGUUUUUUAUGAAAUGUUGUCUUUAUUGUUCUCGGAGAACUUCUUAAAUAGGGUAAGAAGUUUAUAUUGGGUAAUCAUACUUGAGUGCAACACAGAGAUUCUCCUGUUCUGCCCUUGCUUAUAGAGUCAACAGUUCAAUAGCUAAAUCACCAUCUUGGAAAGAACAGAAUUUUACAAGAAUUGUUUACUUCAUUCUUGUUUUUCUCUUUAUCAGAAGUGAUUCCCAUUAUUAUAAUUAAGAUUACAGCAAACUUAAGAUGCUCAGUUAAGGGGUCAUUAGUGUUUGUGAAGGCUCCCUUUAAACUAUUGGUGUUACAUACAGAAAGAUUUAUUAAUGAGCAAACUUAUAUCUAGAGGCAACAGUGCACAUAUUGGGUAUGUAUUAAAUUAUUGUACUAGAAAAAUUUAAAAACUUGAUAUAUAUAUAUAUAUAUAUAUAUAUUAUUUUUUUUACACAAGUUUAAAUUGUUAGCAUGUUCAGUUGUUUAGGAACUAGUUUGGAAGAUUAUUUUCUUGUGUAUAAUGUGAAAAAAGGACUUUUAUUUCAUUCAUAUUUGCAAUGAAAAUGAGGAUUGUGUUCAGUAGGUAUCAUUGCAGCUAACUAUUUAAUAAAUUAUCAUAAUCAUAACUUGUGUAUUUUAAACCGCCCCUUGUUUUGAAAUCAUGAACCAAAUUGUACAUGCAGCACAAUUUUAGUAUAAGAAGAAUAUUUCAAAACUACUUUUGUAUACUUGGUGCUGUCUGAUUAUUCAUAUAGACAAAUGUAGUAACAAAAUAGAAAUGUGGUUCUAAAGUAACAUGUUCCCUCUUAGUUAGGAUAUACUUUAAGUUUUUAUUUUUUUUUAAUGUAUAAAAGUGACUUCAUCUAUAGUAUAUUUAUAUGUGUACCUUUUAUGUUCUGAGAUUUUCAGUAUCAGUAUGCCUCACCGUGUAGUAAAACAUUUAAGAUAGUAAUACUUUAGACAGCCUGGCUUAGCAGGGUUGGGGGGUGGAUCUUAUGUCCUGUAAAGAACACUCGGGUCUCUAAAAUUUUACUGUAUUUGGUUGGUUGUGUAUAUAAUGAACAUCUUUGUGUUAUUUAUUAGUUAAAUGCAUUUAGUUCUUAGAGUAAUGUGUGGAGUUAGUAACAAUUUUAUUACUGAACUCUUAUCAUUUAAGUUAAAACUCUUGUACUACAACAGAGUCCACCAUCAUGCAAACUCAAGUUCUUGAAAGAUGUUUACAAAAUUUGUGCUUAACCAAACAUAACUGUUGUGUCUUUAAUGUUACUAGUAUGCUAUUAUGUUACUAAAAGCAUAAGAAUUAUGCUUGGUUGAGUAAAACACUGUGAAGUGAAAAAUUGUUGUAAAAUAUCCACAAUUUUAUAUCUUGUAAUAAAAAAAAAAAAGAACACGAAAGUAACCAUAUAUACAGUUACCAAGUCUUGAUUAUGUUGGCAACAUGUUUUGAAAGGCUUAAGAUCGUACUUUUACUAUUAUUGUAUUAAAAAAUAUUUACACUAGGCAAGUUAUUAUUUUAAUAAUUACAACAUUUUGGCCCAUAGUACUGUCAUCAUCAGGUAAGAGUUACAUUCAUUUUUGUGAUAAGUAUAGCAGUGACUGUGUAGUUUCUUAAAUGUACCUUGCAUGUGAUAGCCCACCCAUGGUGAUUGUGUAACUGGAGUUUACAGGGAAAUUUUUAAGCUUCUUUUUUUGAUUUCAGUAGUGUAACUUUUAUAAAAUACUUCAUUAAUAACCAUUAUCCUCUUUUCAUAAUUAUUCUAUUAGCCAUCAUUCCUCCACUUCUUCCUUGCCCACUUAAUGUAAUUGUUCAACUGUUGAUAUUUUUUACUAUGUCCUGCACAUUCUAUCUUGCGUCUGUUUAGUGAUGAUUUUCAUUUUCUGUAUUAGUUCUCUACCUAGCUCAUUCUGAUUUAUAAUGUUCCCUGAUGACGAUUUCUUUGUCGUUCACAAGCAUUGUAUUGUCUGCUUUUUACCAUAAACAACCACUUCCUUCUGUGCUCCACAUUUUCUCUGUUCUGUAAUGGUUUUAUGCACCUCAUGGUCCAACCUGUUUUCUGAGACAUACUGAUUCACUUUACAAGUUAAUCCAUGUAUAAUGACUAUUUUUUUUAUUUAUCAUUAUUAUUAUUACCUGUUGAAGCUAGACUAUGUAUGAAAAUAUUUAGAACAUAACUUGGUUGUUUAGUCUGCCUAUGUAAGUUUUAUUAAAACUUGAUAUGGUUUGUUUGGAAGACCAAGUAUGUUACCUUUCAGUGAAUUUCGUAAGUGCUGCAAGACACACAAUUAAAACUUCUUUCACGAUCUAGUGUGAGUUGGUUUUCCCUUUUAAUGUUGUGUCCAUGGGCAAAUUUUGGUGAAGUUGCUAACAUUGAAAAUAUUGUCAAAAAAUCUAUUUCAAAAGUCAUUGAAAUAAAAAGGGGAAAUUAAUAUCAUUUUGAAGUAAUAAGUUUCAACAAGUUUUAAAUAACUAUUUGUGGCAUCCAUAAAAACACUAUUCAAUUUGGGGGGGGAUGCAUAUUUUUACCAGAUUUAUACAAUAAUUUUACAUACAAUAUUAUUUAUAACACAUUCUACUCCAUUCUCUGUCAACAUUUUGAGGGAACAUGUAUACCAAGAAUGUUUAUACUGGAAAAAACAAACAUGAUACAUAGUAGAUUAAAAAUGUAACAUUGUAAAUUGUUUAAUUGUACAAAUAAUGACACCAGAUUAAAUUCUCUAUUGCAGUAAGUUGUUUUAAAUCAAAAUCACUGUUCAUUUGGUAUUACUUUUAUUCAAAGCUUGUGAAGUUAUGCCUUUAAAAACAACCAUGAAAUGUUUUAAAAAUAUUUAUAAGAAAGUUUAUUGCAGUACUGCAACAUUUUGUGAGAACAUAAUAUAGAUUUUCAGUUCUUUGCAUAGUAUUUACAGCUUUGUUGUAUAUAUGUAUGCAAUUUUAAAAUAUUCCUAGUGUCCCAGAAUUAUUACAUGACUUUGAAUUUUUUGUAAAAUAAAUCAAUUAUUUUAAAAUGUUAAAUUUGUUUUUUAAAAUGCUAGCAUUUGAGGACUGUUAAUUUGUGAGAUUACACUGAGUACAGCAGAUGUACCAUUACUGGUUUUUGCAUGUGGAAAGUUUCUUAAUAAACCUUUGUUGGAAUGGUCUUUUUCAACAUAAAAUGUCAAAUAAGGAACUUUCAAAUUUACCUUUUUUGGUUGUAAGUGUGAAAAUAUUACCAUGAAAAAAAAGUAUAUUUUCAAAUAAGACCAGUACCAGAACAGCAUAUUUACCAUUUUAAGUGACUCAUCAUAGAGUGCAGUUACCAUAUUAUGUAAUAGACAGCCGUGAAAUAAUUUAAUCCAGUAUUACAAAUUCUUCCUUCAUUGGAAAAAGGCCAAAUAAUUUCUGAAUGUUCACUUUGUAUUAAUAAAUAAGUAAAAAUAAAGUGUUUGCUGAAAGAAGGAGAUGAAUA